GGUUCUGGGUGCCCGGGCGGCGAGAUGGCCGUCCUGGGAGUGCAGCUGGUGGUGACGCUGCUCAUGGCCACGCUCAUGCACCGCCUGGCCCCGCACUGCUCCUUCGCGCGCUGGCUGCUCUGUAACGGCAGCCUCUUCCGAUACAAGCACCCCUCCGAGGAGGAGCUUCGCGCCCUGGCCGGCAGGCAGCGGCCCCGAGGCCGGAAGGAGCGGUGGGCCAGCGGCCCCGGCGAGGAGAGCCCGCUGUCGGUGCCCCGGGACGCCCCGAUCCGGCUGGAGAAGUGCCCGCUGACCGCGGUGGACGCCCUGGUGCUGCGCUUCUUCCUGGAGUACCAGUGGUUCGUGGACCUGGCGGUGUACGCGGGCGGCGUCUACCUCUUCACCGAGGCCUACUACUACGCGCUGCGCCCCGCGCGCGAGGCCAACAUCGCCGUGGUCUGGUGCCUGCUCACCGUGGUCUUCUCCAUCAAGGUGUUCCUGACGCUGACCCGACUGUACUUCAGCGCCAAGGAGGGCGGCGAGCGCUCCGUGUGUCUGGCCUUCGCCUUCCUCUUCCUCCUCCUGGCCAUGCUGGUGCAGGUGGUGCGGGAGGAAACCCUGGAGCUGGGCCUGGAGCCAGGCCUGGCCAGCCUGACCCAGAACCUGGAGCCACUUCUGAAGAAGCAGGACUGGGACUGGGCGCUCCCUGUGAUCAAGCUGACUGUCCGCCUAGCGCUGGCCGGCCUGGGCUCCGUGCUGGGAGCCUUCCUCACCUUCCCCGGCCUGCGGCUGGCCCAGACCCACCGGGACGCACUCACCAUGUCCGGGGACCGGCCUGUGCUGCAGUUGCUCCUGCACACCAGCUUCCUGUCUCCCCUGUUCAUCCUGUGGCUGUGGACCAAGCCCAUUGCACGGGACUUCCUGCACCAGGCGCCGGGCGGGGAGGCGUCCACCUCCCUGCUCUCGGACGCGGCCUUCGACACGGCGCGCCUGUGGGCACUGGUGGCGCUGUGCCUGCUGCGCCUGGCCGUGACGCGGCCGCACCUGCAGGCCUACCUGUGCCUGGCGCGGGCUCGCGUGGAGCAGCUGCGGCGGGAGGCCGGCCGCAUCGAGGCCCGCGAGGUCCAGCAGCGGGUGGUCCGGGUCUACUGCUACGUGACGGUGGUUAGCCUCCAGUACCUGACGCCGCUCAUCCUCACGCUCAACUGCACGCUGCUGCUCAAGACGCUGGGGGGCUACUCCUGGGGCCUGGGUCCUGAGCCGGCGCCAUCACUGUCGGGGCCCCCAGCCCAGGCCGCGGCCGUCGCCGCCGGGGAGGACGACGCCCAGCAGACGGCGGCCUGGAUCGCCGGGGCCCUGGGCGGCCUCUUCACUCCGCUGUUCCUCCGCGGCCUCCUGGCCUACCUCAUCUGGUGGACGGCCGCCUGCCAGCUGCUCUCCAGCCUCUUCGGCCUCUACUUCCACCAGCACCUGGGCGGGGCCUAGACGCCCGCAGCCCUCCUGUCCUCCUUGUGUGCCUCAGUGUUCCCAGCGGCAAGAUGGGGCAGACCGCUCGGGAUCCCCCUACCAUGGUGCCUGGGCUGUGGGCCCUGGACAGGGGGGCGGGGCCUGAGCCUGUGUCCCCACCUGGGCGUCGUGUGUGCAUGUGUGCGCGCGCAUGCGCCCCAGACUGCUCUGAUGGACUAUUUGGAGCACGCCUUUUCCAAACUGACCCCAAGUGGCAGGGAGUAAAGUGGGGGCCCGGGAGACGAGCUUGGGGGCCCCCUCCUCGCGAGGCCGGGGUGCCAGAAGGGCUGUGUACCCCGCAGGGCCCCCGGGGGACCGGCGUGCGCACACGAGGGCGAGGGCCGGCGCAGCGCGCGUUCCGGAACCUCCUGUGUGUGUAGAUCGUAUAUCAGCAAUAAAUGAUAUGAAGGUGU